GGAUCAAUAAUUUCUGUCUAAAGUGUUUGUGAGACAUGGUCUUAAUGGGACGAGGAAAGCAACCUUAUCGUGGACCAGAUUAAAUAUCAAUUUUCAAUGCGAACGUUUUCUGUAAAACUGGAUGUUGACUGUCCAAAUCGGCUAGUUAGCCGGAGCUAGCUAACUUCCCUCAGCCACAUCUGGUCUGCCAUGUCUACGAGAGACGAGUGACGCCACGGAUGAGCCGCACCUCUGAACAAGUUCCAACGGUCGCGUCCCCCACGAAGGUGUUCCGGAAGACUGUCUGAUCUCUGCCGACUCCACAUGUGGGAAACAGCUCUUCGCUCUUACCGUCAAUGAGUUUGGGACUCCCGGCGUCCCGGAUCCUCUCCGGGCUCAUCAUGUCCGGCUCCCUGCCCGGAGAAAGCGCGAUGCUCCGGCUGAGAACGGCCGCCUCCUCGCGGCUGCCUGGCUCCCCGGAUAAAGAGUCUCUACUCCCGGUUCUGUUGGACCCGGUCUCCAGCACCUCCCUGGGUGGGGCUUAGACCCAGUGACAAGCGAGGCAAGCAACAUGGACCGGCAGUCCUGGCGCACUCCGUGUGGAGCGGUCCCGACCUGCUCAUCCUGGACCGAGCCGAGGCUGCGACUCUGACCUGCCCCAAAACUUUGGGGAGAGCAGCACGUUCACAUCGAGGCUCAGAUCUUUGAUCGGAGACACUGUCUCUGUCUCGAUGUCCGUUUAGGGUCAAGUCAAAAUCCAGAUCAAUAUAGAGAGCACUGUUUUAGCAUGUGAGGAACUGGCACAGGCUCCAGCCAUGAGAGAAGAGUUUAAAGAGCCAACGCAAGUCUGAGAGUUUUCUGGGCCGCCAUGAGACAAGGACAAAAACUUCAAGCAGCUUAGUGGAAGAAAAGAGCAAGGCUUUUCUAACCCUACCUUCCAAGAAAGGGCUGAGAGACUAAAGGAGAUGGGACCAAGGACUUGAUUCAAGACACGGCCAAGACUUUGAGGUGGCCCAGAAAAAAACAAAAUUGGUUGAAGAAAGGAAGAACUAUUGAGGAAGACGAUGAUUCAGAUGUCACCAUGCACCGCGACCCGAUCGACUGCUCUGAGUUCGAAUAUGCUGUCUUGACGCCAUCGAUGCUGCGAGUGUGAUUAGCGUGGUCUUGUAGUGCAGUGCUGCGCCGUGGUGGAGCUCAGUUUUAAAGUUUUCAGGAUGGGUCGUCGGUCGUCCAGCAGAGAGGAUGACAGUCGCAGCAGGAAGAAGAAAAAGCAGCGUCGCCGCUCGUCCUCCUCCUCCUCCUCCAAGUCCUCGUCCUCUGGAAGCAAGGUGACCAGCAGCCGGAGCCACAGGUCCAGUCGCAGGAGCCGAUCACGGUCCAGAGACAGAAGGCGAAGAAAGCGUUCCAGCAGCAGUUCGUCCCAGGCUUCUUCUCGUCGAAAAAGGAGUACUGAUAGAGACAGAGGCAGGAGCCAUCGAUCUCACAGGUCUCGCAGCCGGGACAGAAGGUCUCACUCCCGCCAGCGCCGGAGCCGCAGCAGGAGCAGCAGUCACCGCAGGAGCCACAGGAGCAGCCGUGACCGGAGUCAUCGCAGGGGCCAUGACCGAGACAAGUGUAAAGAAAAAGAGAAAGAUAGAGGAAGGGACAAGUCGAAGGACAAAGCAGAUAAACAGGGGGAUGCAGAGAACAUCAAAGCCAAAUUAGAACAUCUGAAUCCCGCUGAACAAGCAAAAGUCCGAAUGCAACUGGUGCUGCAGGCGGCAGCAAAGACAGAUGAAGUGCUGAAGGCCACAGUUGCAAAGAGGGAAGAGGAGGCCCGACAGAAGUUAGAGGAAGAGGGAGCUUCGCUGGAGGCGCAAGUGCGAAGGAUAAAGGACAUCGAGGCCAUCGAGAGUGAUUCCUUUGUUCCUCAGGCUUUCAAAUCAUCCAGGGAUGAUAUCAAGACGGAGAAGGUUGAGGAGACCCCGAGCACCGAGUCCGUGGAGGUCAAUUUCCCCAUUUCCAUCAUCUACAAUGACAGCGACACCCUGGCACAUCCAGCGCUGUUCGUGGACAAGGACAAGGCUGAGGAGCUGUGGCUCAAGAGGCUGGACUCCCUGCGGCAGGAGAGGCUGAUGGGAAGUCCAGUCAUCUGAGAGACCCGUCCCCUCACUGGCCCUCGCCGCCUGCUGCAAAUCACUGGAGUGGAUCGAGUUUCUCCCUUUGCUUCCAGAAGUGACAGGUGUCACGCCGUUAUUUUGAAGAGUUGUCAUCUGCUGCUGUUGUGUUUUUAAUAAAGAAGAAUCAGUCCAACUCACUGACUCACACUGGUCGACCGCGUGCGUGCGUGCGUGCGCGCGCGCGUGUGAGAGAGUGUGUCUCCUCACUGUGGUGCCAUCAUCUGUUUAAUCUCAGACUCUCAUCAGAGGGAGGAGUGUUUUGGAUCAUUGUUGGGACCGGUUACUAUUAAAAUACACGCAUUUAUACCGACUUCCAACUGGUGUUUCAUGUGAGGUGUUACGUCAUUCCCUGUGUGGUGUCGGUGUUGAGCGGGUGUAGGAUUCACUCUGGUGGCUAUUUGAGGAACUGUCCCACAGUCAUCCACACCGAGUCUCGCGCGCUGCGUCACUGUCACGUCCCCACAUCGUCUGUUGUGUAAGCGACAGCGCGUUGAUUCGACAGGGCGCGUAUUUCAGGGUUAUGUUGACU